CAAAGCAAAUCGGCCGUGAGAUUGAAGGAGGAUAUGAAAAAGGUGGCUGUGCUUCCACUGAACAAGCAGAGGGACACCACCUGUCCAAAGGUGUUUGGUGUGAGUCUUGUGGAGCUCCAGCAGCAGGGACUGAGCAAAAAUGGAAUCCCGAUAGUUGUGUGGAAUAUUGUGGAGUACCUCACCCAGCAUGGUAUGACACAGGAAGGUCUCUUCAGGGUGAAUGGCAGCAUGAAAAUGGUGGAGCAUCUGCGUCUGCAGUACGAGCGUGGGGAAGAGGUGGAACUCGUUAAAGAUGCUGAUGUGUACUCAGCAGCCAGUCUACUGAAACUGUUUUUGAGAGAGUUGCCAGAUGGCAUUAUCACAUCUGCCUUAUAUCCAAGGUUCAUUCAGCUUUACCAGGAUGUUUCUAGAAAUGACACGCAGAAGGAAAGUUACUUGAAAGAGCUCCUCAAAGAACUGCCUGAUGCUCAUUACUGCCUGCUGAAGUACCUGUGCCAGUUCCUGAUAAAGGUUGCUGAACAUCACGUAGAGAACAGGAUGAACCUUUGCAGUCUUGCCACUGUAUUUGGACCAAACUGUUUUCAUGUGCCCUCUGGAUUUGAAGGGAUGAAGGAACAGGAGAUCUGCAACAAGAUAAUGAUAAAAAUGCUGGAAAAUUACAAUACCUUGUUUGAAUUAGACGGCUUGAAGAAAGAUGAAGAAAAGCCUGUAUGUGAGGAGCUAGCAAGAAUAAUUUUGGUAAAAAUGACCAAACCCCCAACGGAACAACCCAGCCAAACGUGCCUAUUGCCACAGCCAGGCCAGUCAGAUGGAAUACCUCAAGUCAGCCUCCGAUUAACAGACAGUGGUUCAUGUGGGAAGGAGAUGGAUUUAGCAGAUGAAAUCUCCUUUGUUAACAAUGAUGUGUUUUUCUCCAGCUCCCAAGAAGAUGAGCGGCCUAUGUCACCCUUCUAUGUGAGUGCCCACGUAUCCCAAGUCAGUAGCAACGUUCCUGCUACAGGAGAGUAUUUAGAGAAGACAAUCCGCUCAGCCGUGGAGCAGCAUCUCUUUGAUGUUCAUGGCUCAGGUGGCCAGAGUUCAGAGGACUCUGAAUCCGGGACAUCUUCAGCCUCUUCUAAUGUGUCUGCCAGGCAGAGGAGGCGACACCACAAAGAGCAGGAGGAAGCCCGGAGAAACAGAGACAUGGAAGUUGUCAACAAGGAAAACAUUCCUUCUGGAUUCAGCAGUCUUGAAGAUUGUAUUCUAUCUGCUCAAGAUGUAGAAAAACUACAAGACGCCAGCUCCUCAUACCUUAGUGAAAGGAAUAAAUCCAAACGGCAGAAAUCCAGCACCAAGCUCUCAGAGCUUAAUGACAACCAGGACAGUCCUGUGAGUAUGGAAAACUUUAGCUCAUCCAAGCCUAUAGACAGAACAGGACCUGAUGACAUGGAAAUUUUAUCUGAAGAAAGCAAAGAAAAUGAAAACGAUGAGGUAUUUCUCAGGCAUUCUCAGCUGACUUCAAGUAUGAAGAUUCAAGAACAUCCAAGCAUGCCUGAAAACAAGUUGCAAAGAAAUCAAGAUGCUGAUGAUCAGGAAAACAGCUUUGUAUCUGAAGUGCCUCGGCUGGAUAUAACAUCACUGUGUGAUGACAGCAACUGGGAAGAGCCCAUCCCUGCUCUCUCCUCAUGGCAGCGAGACGGCUUAGACUCAGAUGAGGCUCGCCUUUCCCCGCAGGCUGGGCGCUUGAUUCGCCAGCUUCUGGAUGAGGACAGCGAUCCCAUGCUGUCCCCUCGCUUCUACGCCUAUGGGCAGAGCCAGCAGUACCUGGAUGAUACAGAAGUGCCUCCUUCUCCUCCCAAUUCUCAUUCCUUCAUGAGGAGACGGAGCUCAUCCUUAGGAUCUUAUGAAGACGACAGAGAAGACCUUACCCCUGCACAACUCACCCGGAGGAUUCAGGGACUGAAGAAAAAGAUCAGGAGAUUUGAGGACAAAUUCGAAGAGGAGAGGAAAUACAGACCUUCCCACAGUGACAAAGCAGCCAACCCUGAAGUGCUCAAAUGGACAAAUGAUUUGGCCAAAUUCCGAAAGCAACUGAAAGAGACAAAACUGAAGAUAUCAGAGGAAGACCUUGGCCCUGUUGUGCGCCAGCGCAGCAACACACUCCCCAAGAGCUUCGGCUCUCAGCUGGAGAAGGAGGAGGACAAGAAGCAAGAGCUGACAGAUAAAUCUGCCAAGCCUGCCGUGGAAGUGACCCUUGACUCCAUCCAGAAGAAGCUUCAAGAGAAACGAGCAGAGACAAAUCGACCUGAGGAUAUUAAGGACAUGACACGAGAUCAGAUAGCAGCUGAAAAAGUGGCUCUUCAAAAAGCUUUGUUGUAUUAUGAAGGCAUUCAUGGCAGACCGGUUACCAAAAAUGAACGGCAGGUGAUGAAGCCGUUGUAUGACAGGUAUCGCUUGGUCAAACAGAUCCUCUCCAGAGCCAACACCAUCCCUAUUAUUGAAGAAGAGGAGGGCUCUGAGGAGGACAGCAACGUGAAGCCGGAUCUCACAAUUACCAUAAAACCAGAUUUCAGUGUGCGCAGCUUCUUGGAUCAACUAGAAGAUGAUGCUGACGGCUUUGUUUCCCCAGUGGAUGAUAAGAUGCCACCUAGGAGCAGUCAGGAUAUGGGGCUUUCAAAUCUCCAUGAAGCAUCUAUCCCUGAACUGUUAGAGCAGCUCCAAGAAGUCAGGGAAGAGAAAAAGAGAAUCAGAAAAAAAUUGAGAGACUUUGAAGAUAACUUUUUCCGACAAAAUGGAAGGAAUGUGCAGAAAGAAGACCGCACUCCCAUGGCUGAAGAGUACAAUGAAUACAAGCAGGUUAAGGCCAAGCUGAGGCUGCUGGAAGUCCUGAUCAGUAAGAGAGAUAUUAGCUCCAAGAUCAUGUAAAGGAGGAGAUUGUUUUUGCCAAUAAACAAAGAGGAGAGAGCACCAAAUGGACAAAUGCAUGAAGUGGAUGCAGCGGGGGCCUGACUGGGAGAGCUGAGGAGCUCCCUGGGAACUGAAGGGUCAUUCCCAGAGGUGGGAGAGGGAGGAAAGGUGGAUUUCUGUCACGCUCUACAUUUGCUGUUGCCCACUGUUUCUCCAUGCCCGAUGUCCAAAAUGGAGUUUGCCAGUGUAGGAGAUACAGCUCUGCGCUCAGUGACUGCACUGAAGGGAUCCUUCUAUACUGAUUUGCUUACAGAUCCUGUAAUAUUUAGAAUAUCUAAGCCAGCCAUGCUCUUCUUUUUUUUUUUUUCUUUUCCCCACAGGAUAUUAUAGCAAGAGGCAAAAUAGGAUUAAUAGUAAUGAAAUCAUCAAAUAGCUUCUACUUGAGUUGAGCAGACAAGUGCCCUGACCAAUCUCAAAUUAAGGCACAGAUCAGGCAGCACCAAGACUGUUCUCCUGUAGCUACAGAAAAAUUUGUUCAGACUUUUGACCUGUUUGGAGUCUAGCAUCUUCUGUUGCUCUAGAGAAAUGCUGUAAUAAUCUCCUGGUCAUCAGCCAGAGCUGGUGUGAGUUGCAAUUUUGCCCAGGCUUGAGUUGGGUUUUCUUCCCACAUUUUUGAUGGCCAAUUCAACCUAGGUAGAAGGAAGUACCUGUAUGUUUGGGAUAGCAAAGAAAAUGAGCCAUGCAGCCAGGUUCUUAGCAGCUUGUUCUGCUUGGAGGGUGAUACUGAGACCUUCUGACCAUGUUUGGGCAACAGGGAAGAGAAGAGGUUUUGAAAGCUUUAAGUCAGAAUCCCUUGGCAUUUUGGUGAUUGGUUAAAUAUCUGGUGUCAAAUAUCUGGAAGACCCACCCCAUUAGUACGUGUGCUUCAUCAUGAUACAGACACUUGAGGCCAAGCUGAGCAGUCCACAUGGGUGUCCCACAAACCCCCUCACCUGAAUUUUGUUCUUUUGGGCACAUCACCACUUUGUAGGCUGCAGCAGCAACACUGAUGGUGACAGCAGAGGAUGGGCUUUUCUUCCCAGUGUAGGAGGGGUGUGGGAGUACAGAGGAUACCACAGGGAACUGAGAGCGUGGAGCUGUGCUCUGCCUAUGGAAAGGCACCUGUCUAGAUUGAAAGCUUUGACAAUUUUCUGUUUCCAAAUUAGUUUAUGACUUUCAAAAAAGAAAGUCCUGGGACACCUGAUUCAGGUGCUCAUGUUGAACAGGUGCUGCCUGAAGGGGAGAGGAAGGCCCCGAGUUCAGGGACACCAAGUCACUGAGGGCUCACAGUUCACGUGCUGGGACACCUGGGCUUGCUCUCCCACUCCAGAGGCUUAUGUGCACCCCUUGGUCUGCCCUGAGCCAGGCUCCACCCUGGUACCCAAGGGUGGGCACUUCUGUAAUGCUUUCUUCAGCUCCCCAGGGGAUCGUUGCCAAUGUACAGAAGCCAAAUAGCCAAGAUGAAAUCUGGUGUUGGUUAUAGCCAGGCCUCAUGCAUGUCAUACCAGAGGAGCCAAGAGGACUCCCAGAACAACUUCUCCCCUUCCUUCUUUAUUAAGGGCAAGUGGGCUCACAAAUAGUUGUAUUUGGGUUGUGGUACUUAGGUUUAUUCCUUUUCACUUGCCAUGUGUGCUGUGUGUGUUCUUGCCAAAAUUGCUGCUGUUUUGGUCUCUUUGGAAUCCCUUGAACUCUUCCAAAGGCAGCCAUGGGCUGCACAUGCCCUUUGCUAGUCAGGGUGGGCGUCCUGUUUUAGGGCAAAUUCCCCCACCUGGUUCGGGAAAAGAUUUUCUUGGAGAAAAGUGGAAAAAAUACUGUUUAUUUAACAAGCAAAGCACCCACAAACAAAAAAUGACCAAUACCAAACAAUAAAAUCUAUCAUUGUUCUGAAGAAAUGGCAGAUUCAGGAAGUUCUUUUCUUGGGGUGUAGCUCAGCUUGCUGUGUGUCUCUCAUUCCCUCCAGUGUUGGAAAAUGCCAUGUCCCAGCCCUGGUGGGCCACAGGUGUGAGCUCCUGGUGUUCUCAGAUUUUGGUCCAAAGCAGUUUUGAACAGUUCCAAGGAAAGGAGAAGCCACAGUCCAGGAAACUUCUCUGCCUCAGCUAGCUAAAAGCUAACUAAAAAGCAGAAGACAGCUCUGUCCCACUGUCUUGUCUUUCAGAUGGCACUGUCCAGGAGCAGGAAUGCAUGGGACCAAGUGCAGUUGCUGAAAACAAACUGAGCCCUUCUUUUUCUCCCCUUCACUCUUGGAACCAACCUUAAAGGUGUAGAAGUCAAUAUCCAGCAUAAACAGAACAGACAGUUGGGGAUGCAAGCAUCACAUAGUCAGCCCAGGACAUGGGCUAAGGCAGAGAUGUGUGUUAGUGAAAGCACUUGGGAUGGACACUCACGGCCUGGUUUGUUUUUUUAAUUGAUUGCAGAAAUGCCUGUUCUGUAUCAAACCAGCAAAGAUUGAAUUUUAUAUUUCCAAACAGUCCAGAGGUCUUGUGUACUGGCCUAGGGCUUGGCUUUUCAGAGGUGCUGAGUUCCCAUCUCCUGAGAUGGGAUUUCCUCUGAUCCUUGGGGUGUGUUAACUGAAUUGACAGUCUGGCUCAAAAAAGUGUUUUGAAGAGAAGCCUGAGCUGGGUAAACCCCUGUCCCAGCACAGGGCAGCACAGGAAGCCUUUGCCUGCUCCUGUGGGCUCUUCCUCAUUGUCAGCUCUCCCUAGUUAUUUUAGGGAAAGAGCUGAGCCAAGCUGGCUGCAGUGUCAGUCUGCUGGUGGAGGUGUGGGGUGAGAAAGAAUGCUGGGUUACAAAAAGGUCCUUAGCACUGGCUCAUUUUUAUAUUGUUCCCGCCCAGUUCAAGAAAGCAAAAGCCUGGAUGGUGAGCAUGUGCCUCAAGCUGGGCUGUCUUUGGGAUGUUCCUGAAUUAAAAUGGAGUAAAGCACAGUUUCCCAACA